AUGAAAAUACAUGCACAUGACUUGUACUAUUUGAGCUUACAGUUGAUAUUUUUCUCAACAGAUUGUCCGUCUGGAAAUAAUCCUUUGUUUGUAACUGCAUCAGCAUCUCGCAACAAAACCAUUAAAAGUUUUAACUAUCCCUGGGAUUAUUAUAACUACCUGGAAUGCGAAUGGCGCAUUCAAACAGAAAGCAAGCUCAACUCUUCUUAUGUGUUGAGAGUGGUAUUCAAUGACUUUGAUUUGGAGGGUGAGCCAGCCUCCUCAUCCUCUGUGUGUCCGUAUGACAACCUGACAUUUUAUGAUGGAUAUUCAGACUUGUCUCCCCUUCUUGGAUCAUACUGUGGUACAGUCCACCCUGAAGUUAUUUAUUCCACUGGAAAUAACCUGUAUAUCAAGUUCAAUACAGACAACGCUAAUACUUUCAGAGGGUUCAGCAUAAGUGUUUUGGCAGUUGAUAGAGAAAAAGCCAGUUUGAUAUGCCGUCCAUCAAGGGAAGAAAGAAUAAGUAAAAUUGUUGGUAGAAGUUCUUCUGGUACAAUAUUCACCCCCGACUAUCCUGUCCCAUACCAGGAUUAUACAACCUGUGUUUGGUCGAUUUAUGUGCCCGAUGGAAGGAGAGUGAAAUUAACAUUUACAGAUUUUGAACUUGGCAAAAGCGUUGUCGCUACUAAGGACAAUUUCUGUAAACAAAUAUUUGACAUGGACUAUGUUGAGAUUCACAAUGGCCCCUGGUCUACGGGUGGACUUCUUGGUAUUUACUGUGGAAAAAAGAUGCCUUUUGAUGUUUAUUCAACUGGGCCUCACAUGUGGAUGAAGUUUCGUGCCAACCCUGAUGGUGUGCGAGAAAACAAAGGUUUCAAAGCAUAUUUUGAAGCUGUUGAUCUGCGUAAGUUGACAGCUGUUUUACUUACAAACUUACCGAUAAGGUCGGUGAACAGACAAUCUUUUUACAUCCGAAGUAGUGACAAAGGACCAAUCCGUGCAUGCUUUGUUGAUAUCGUAUAUUUGAACUGCAGAAAUUUGUUUUUCUUAAACGUUGUUGCAGAAAAAGCCAGUUUGAUAUGCCGUCCAUCAAGGGAAGAAAGAAUAAGUAAAAUUGUUGGUAGAAGUUCUUCUGGUACAAUAUUCACCCCCGACUAUCCUGUCCCAUACCAGGAUUAUACAACCUGUGUUUGGUCGAUUUAUGUGCCCGAUGGAAGGAGAGUGAAAUUAACAUUUACAGAUUUUGAACUUGGCAAAAGCGUUGUCGCUACUAAGGACAAUUUCUGUAAACAAAUAUUUGACAUGGACUAUGUUGAGAUUCACAAUGGCCCCUGGUCUACGGGUGGACUUCUUGGUAUUUACUGUGGAAAAAAGAUGCCUUUUGAUGUUUAUUCAACUGGGCCUCACAUGUGGAUGAAGUUUCGUGCCAACCCUGAUGGUGUGCGAGAAAACAAAGGUUUCAAAGCAUAUUUUGAAGCUGUUGAUCUGCUUUACGAUGAGGAGCAUUGUCUACCAGGAAACACCAACAAUCUGAAUUUGAAAUUAACUGGUUCGUAUGGAACUCUACAAAGCCCCGAGUACUACCCCCCACAAUUGUACUGUGAAUGGCUCAUCACUGUCCCGGAAGGGAGGAAAGUAGAGCUCAGCUUUGAGAGAUUUGACUUGGAUGCUCCAAAGUCUGGCGAGUAUGGAUGUGGGGAUUACGUGCAGAUUCAUGAUGGAGACUCCGGAGAAGGUAAUACGAUACACAGUUUCUGUGGAAGUGUAAUUCCAAAGCCCUUGAGGUCAAGCGGUCAGCAUAUGUACAUUCGUUUCCAAGGUGAUAGUGAAAAUGAUACACCACGCCGGGGAUUCAAGGCCACAUUCAAAGCUGUGAAGGAAUUCCCUACUUUGGCGGUAUCGUUUGGCGUCAUUGUCGGUGUGGUAGUCUUAAUUACAAUGGUUGGCUGUGCUGUUCAUCACAUAAAACGAAAAAGGACACCAAACAGAGGAGCUGCUGUGGAAUAUCCAAUGUCGACUACCACUAAUUCAGCUUCCCGUUCUACACAGGAACCUCUUCAACCUGCAGGAAACACCUCGUCUCCUUCAGUAGGGUAUGCUCCAGUCCCAACAAACCCACCACCCCCAGAGUACCCACAUCCAUUAGAGUCUCCACCACCCUAUCCUGGAAAAGAAGGAGAGCCACAGUACCCGCCUCCAGGUCAAUCAUAUCCAUGGCUACAGAGUAGUGGCAGUGCACCAGUCCCUGAGAGUCCAUAAACUUUGGGGGUCUGCUUUCAAACACCGAGGACUUUGCUGUUGCAUCUCUUAGGGGCCGAAUUACAUAAGGCGGCUGCCGCGGUACAAUGGGCUAGUACGAUUUUCCCUAAUGACUUUUUAGCCCAAUAUUACACAAGACGGUGGCAAGCUCAAUUUUGGCACGAAGUGGUUUGGGCUGGCCUGGCGAAUGUGAUUACAUAAAAACGUUUGAACGCGGUUAGCCAGAUACCUGGACCCCAGCUUACCAAGCGGGCACCACCAACUGAGUUGAUUUUUGUUGCGCUCAAUAAGUGUGCCAAAAUUAGAUCUCAGCAACCAAGCCAGCGCAAGCCCUUUAUUCUGUGUCGAGUGUAGUUGUAACAUUUGAAGCAAAACACGUGGUAAAUUUAUUAAGUCCUAAGCUGGACUACAAAGAUUUCUGUCUUUGAAUGCCAGUUCCUUCUGAUCAGCACACAAGUGCCGUAGUGUAUAUGUUAAGAAUAAUUGAAAGUUCCUCUGUUUCGGUAUGGUGGGAAAGACAGGGCAAGGAGUGCCGGGGUGCGGGGGUCUGCGGAACACAUGAGGUGCCGGGACCUGUGGAAAAUACAGGGUGGAAAACGUACCAGUGAUGAUAAAGUAACAUGUCACUAAAACCCUUUGGGUGCCGUAUUAGGGCUGGAAAUUCCUGUUGCAAAAUUAAACGUCCGUCCGCUUAAAGAUUCGAGUAACCAUGACAGACCCAAGGCCAUCGACGUUUGAGCUCUGGGCAUGGCCUGGGCAUUACCUGUGUUUUCCACAGUUCCCGGUGGGCAAACCUUGUCUUCCACACACCCCAGCACCCCAUCAACUCGACCUCGGUGCCCCGUGCCCCGUCUUUUCCACCAAUCCACCAAACCGUGUGUUUAUAUUCGUAGAAUAACAGACGUUUACCUACAUAAGGUUAGCUAACAAUCAUCAAAAUCUUGAAGACCAUGAUAAAGGUUGCGUUUUUCACAGUUUAUUGGCUUUUUAUUACACUGUUGUGCAGGACUAAAUAUAGUGUAUACAAAGUAGAAAACUGAAUUAGAAAAGAACAAAAACCAAAAACCACGUU